AUGGGGACCCCGCCCCAGCAGGCCAGUACCCCAGGGACGGUCCCUCCCGCGCAAGCCCCGUGCUCCAUGCAGUCCCUGGCCGCCUGGUUCAGCAGCUGGCGGGGGAUAGGACAGGGUCGAGUCGCGGGGCCGCCUCUGGACGCGGCCACCUGGGCGACGACUGCAUCCCCUCCCUCGCUUCCGGCUCUGUACCCGCCUCAGCCUCCCGGCCUUACCCGCCACAGGCCUCAGUUGGAACCGGGCGCCACAGUAUCCUCCCCAGGGGCCGCGGCUGAGCGAGAAGGAGCGGGCGGGCGGCGGCGCAGACCCUCAGCCGGAGCGCGGAGCCGAGGCGCCUGGGUUUUGCGCAAGGCCUGCGCCCUGGGAUUGGGGCGGGCAGUCGCGGAGGCGCAUCCGGUCUGGGCUCCGCCGUCCCCCGUGACCCCCGCAUCCGGCCCCGUUCCACCCGCCCCGCUUCCUCCCCCUUCACACCCUGGUCCCCACCUGGGCCCAUCCGCCUGUGAGUCCCGGUGCCCGGGGAUGAGGGCCGAGGUCCUGAGAGGAGAGGGUCCCUGUGCCGGCCCCACGGAGGCCCGAGCCCACCCCGCGGUCCCUACCCCGGCAGGUGCGGCUUCUCCCCUUGUUGUCAGCUGCGGGACUGGGCAGGGACCUUCUCAACCUUCGACCUUGUUUCAAGGAGGAUGGGGUCGACUCUCGCGAUCCCCAAAGGUCUGCCACGGCCCCUCCUGGGCCAGCUGCCUCCCUCCUGUGGGUUCUGAUGCCACCUGGGCCCACGGCGUCUUCCCAGCCCAGGGCGGCCGCGCCUCCGCUCCUGUGGAUCUCCCACCCUCUCCAGCAGGUGGUGUCGUGGAAUUCUCAGUCUUGGCCACUUGA